GUUACUUUAGUGCUCCCUCUUGCGAUAUUUCCUUCUGUUUGACUUGAUGUUUGGUUUAUUAUCUUUGUUCAGUAUGACCAGCGAUGCCACCGUGACUAACGGACACACUAAACAUGAAUCUAGCAGCAAGAAGGAGUGGGUUAGACUCAACGUUGGAGGUACAACAUUUCUAACAACAAAACAAACUCUCUGCAAAGAUCCCCACUCGUUUCUGUGUCGGAUCUGCCAUGACGAACAACUGAUCGACUCCAUGAGAGACUCUACAGGUGCGUUUCUUAUAGACCGGGACCCCGCCUACUUUGGUCCAGUACUAAACUAUUUGAGACACGGCAAAGUUAUUAUCGACAAGAAUCUGAUUGAAGAGGGCGUCCUCGCUGAGGCGGAGUUCUACCAGAUAUCCUCGCUGGUGAGGUUACUGAAAGUGAGGUUGAGGGAGAAGGACGAUGGUAACCAGAGCAAGAGAACUCAACAAGUUUACAGAGUUCUACAGUCCCACGAGGACGAGCUCACUCAAAUGUUGUCUACUCUUAGUGAUGGCUGGAAGUGCGAACAGGUGAUAAAUAUUGGUAGUGGGUACAGUUACGAAUGUAACCAAUCAGAGUUCCUUAUCCUCGCCUCUUAUCAGCUCGACACACCCGACAGCGACCACUCACCACACAAAUUCAUCGACAAAAUCCAACUUCCUUAAACUUUGAUCCGCCCAUUUGCUAGAAUCAUUCUGGCAGUACGCCAGUUUGCCAGCUGAGGUCGAGGGGUUUGGUGCGAGUUUGAACGCUGUCGCGAAUAUAUAUUCCUAGUGAGCGCUGCCGUCUUUUAGAUAAAGUUUUGUAUAAUUUGUGGACAAAUUGCAGCUCCCUCCUCGUGGAGAGAGACUGUGUUAUUAGUGAAGCAUUGAACUUCGGCCUUUUCAACUCCAAACAAAUCUAAAACAUCCUCAAUUUACGUGGUCCGGCCCUUAAAUCCGGGAUAGUUGGAGUUUGGUGUUUCGCCGUAUAUUUAAACUAACCUUUACUUCUUCUGUCCGAUUGAUUGUUAAUUUGGCGGGGAAAACACCAUCAUGUUUUCAAUGAGACUAUUAGUAUGAGCUCAUUGAACUGCCCACUGAUUGGCCAGUAUUGUUAGUACAGUAAAAACUAAAACCCCGAUUUACCGCGGAGUUUGGGAGAAAGGAAAAUCGGGGUUUUACCGUGCUUUGAUUGGUUAGUGAGAUUGUUAGAACAGCUCUGAUUGGUCAGUAGCUUUCUUCAUGGUGUGACAAACUUUAUACGCUCUUGUAAAUUCUGAAAUUUUCUAAUGAUCGCAUGUUUUACUUUUAAAUCUCACAGCAUGCCACGUUUGCCCAGAUUGUUUGACUUUUGGAAUUUAAAAAAGCAUGCUUUGGUUGAAAAACAAUAUUUUUAUGUUAUGACUUAUAAUAUUUAAAUCUUGAAAUGUUGGUCCUAAAGGGGUACCAAAAUAUGUGAAUGUGUGCCAAUUUCGGUCGGAUUGCUGACACUGCCAAGAA